AUGGAUGAAAUUCACAUCAGACCUUUUCUUGACUACAAAAGUGGAGAUAUUGUUGGAAUUGGCCAGGAAGUUGAUAACUUAGCUUCUAGUGCACAUGUAUUUAUGAUACAGAGUAUUUUGUGCUGCUUUAAAGAUGUUGUCCAUAUAUUACCAUCGAAGAAAAUGACAGCUGAAGUUUUGUUCACUGUUUUGAAAAAAAUAAUUGUUGGUCUUGAAGCAAUAGGUUUCAAAGUAAUUGUUGUUGUUAGUGACAAUAAUUCCAUUAAUAGAAGAUGUAUAUCUCUGUUUAAUAAUCCAUUAUCAAAUUUUGUAUUUCCUCAUCCUGUUGAUGCAACUCGUCCAUUGUUUUAUGCAGUUGAUUCUGUUCAUAUUAUUAAAAGUGUUCGUAACAACUGGUUAAACCAGAAAAACCCUGAACAAGCUAUGUAUUUUCCAAAUUUUGACUUGUCUUCAAAUAAUGUAUGUACCUCUUCAUUUCUUACUUUAAAAAAUAUGUAUGAAGCUGAAAGUGGUAAUUUGUUAAAAUAUGGAUAUACAAUAUCUCGUAAAGCUCUGUGGCCUACAAAUUUAGAACGUCAAAGUGUGAAACUGGCUUUACAAAUUUUCAACGAUCAAACAUCACAAGGCCUGAAAGAAUUAGGAGUAAAGCAUAAUUUGUUAAAUUUUCACGAAACAUCUGCAUAUAUUAAAAUAUUUUCGUCGUGGUUUUCAAUAAUGAAUGUUAAAACACCAAACAAGGGGGUACAUUCUUGUGAUGACUUCUGUAAACCAUUAGUAUGGAAUGAAUCAGACAAGAAGUUUGUAUUUUUAAAUAAUUUUCUUGAUUGGUUGAUGAAAUGGAAAGAAAUGAAGAGUGAUACGGGUAGGUUGACAAAAGAGACACUUUCUGCUCUUAUAUUAACAACAACGUGUAUGAUAGAAAUGUGUAGGUAUUGUCUAGGUGAACUCAACAUGUCGUAUUUUUUGCCCGGUAAAAUUCAGACAGAUGAAUUGGAACAAAUUAUCAUAUAUCACUUCGACAGGUUUUUGAAGUAGAAAACAAACUACGUGCAUGUUCUGUAUUAAAUCUAACUAUGAUAUCGAAAAGUAAAGGGACAAUUGUUAUCGAUGACUUUUUCUAACUCUUUUGAUUUGAUUAAUGAUAGUUCCCAUGAAUCUAUUGUAAAAUAUUUUCAUAAUUUCAAGCAUAUUAAUGUCACAGAUAAUGAUCUUGAAACUAUGGUUGAUAAAUUACCUUUAAUUGCAUACUUGGCUGGAUAUUGUUGCCACUCAGUUAUGAAUAGGCUAAAAUGUGAUGACUGUGGAGGUAAUUUAGUUAUUGAAAAACCACUAAUAAUUCCUCCCAAUUUCAAACAUAUUCAUAAUUGUGAUAGAGGUGGGUUAAAGUACCCAUCUGCUGAUGUCAUUAAUGUAAUACUGCAUAAUUUUAUUGUCAUACAGAAGCUCAUAAGCCCUGAAUAUGAAAAUAGUUUCCUCCAAGUAUGUAACCAACGUAAUUUAAUAUCCACUAUGACAUUAGAAAUUCUUAUGUGUAAGGAAAUUAAAAUUAUUUCCUGUAAAAACCAUUUGUCACGUAAAAUUAUGCAACUGCUUAUAUACUCAUGCACAAAUACUCUUUUAAACAAUUAUUGUAAAUUCAAAAAUGAUAGCUUUUCUAAAUAUUCAGAUAAAAGAAAACUAAAA